AUGCGCUCCUCCACCUCUUUGUUGCGUGGCAUCGCCCGAAGCACUGCGCCCCGAACUGCACGAAUCCCCCAUGCCAAGCGCAUUCCAGCGCCCGCAAAGCGCCUCUUCCACACACCGCGAACGUCAGCUGCUAUACGACCUUCACUCAUACUAUCACGUGCGCGAUUACCUUCUACAGUCCGCUUUGAGUCAAGCGCAGCCCCUCCCACGUCAACAGAUGCGCCAGACUCACGACUAGAGCGCGAACAAGUCCCGUCAUACGAACUCACAUUUACCUGCAACGUCUGCAAGACACGCUCUUCACAUCGACUGUCGAAGCAAGGGUACCACCAUGGGACUGUCUUGAUCCAAUGUCCGGGCUGCAAGAACCGGCAUCUCAUUGCAGACCACCUCAAGGUAUUUUCAGAUAAGUCUGUCACGAUCGAGGACUUCAUGCGGGAGAAAGGCAGCCUAGUCAAGAGAGGCUCCCUCAGUGCAGAAGGCGACGUUGAGUUCUGGGACGACGGCAGCACCACACCCAGAUCCGCACAAUUCCACGCCGAAUCGAAGCCCAAGGGUGACAACCGCCUGGCCGAGCAGCCUGAACCACCGAAACCCUCGCAGGACUAA